UGUAGAUUGUGAUGUGUCUGUUCCCAUCUCUGGAGUUUUUUAUUCAUGAUGAUCCACUUAUUUUCUUCACGACGAAUUCUUGGGGUCAUGACUCUUGUCUUAGAUUCUAACCCAUUUUGUGGGUUCUAGGCUCCUAUUUCUUCUCGCUUUCAUCAGAGGAAAAAACUUAGAAUUGUGCGCGAGACACAUAUGCCCCUGUUCUUGUUCUGUUUCUCUACUAGUUGUGUUGUGUCUGAGAAUAAAGUACCCUGUGUUUGCUCUGUUUCUGUGUUCUAUGAACUGCUAUGAUGGCGUUUAAUCACAGAAAGAUGCUUUUUCCAUGUCUACAUAUUAAAGAUUUAAAUAUUUGUUUCCAGCAAUACUAUCCGCCCCCGCCCCCGCCACCACCGCCACCACCGCGUCAGAGGGAGCUCUCUCUCCUACUCCCCACCUCUAUCUGCGUCGCCGUCUCUGUCUUACUCUUCCUAUUUCUCGCCAUCUUCCUCUACCUCUACAUCACGCAACAACGAAGGACCUCAGCCGCCACAGUAACUCCCGGUGACACAACCCGAUGGGAAGACGAGGAAGAAACAGAGGAGGGAGAAUUCUCGGACUUACAUCACGUCUGGCAAAUCCCCACCGUCGGUCUCCACCGUUCUGAGAUCAACUCGAUCACAGUCGUUGGAUUCAAAAAGGGAGAAGGGAUAAUCGACGGCACAGAAUGCUCCGUCUGCUUAAACGAGUUCGAAGAAGACGAAUCGUUGAGAUUGUUACCAAAGUGUAGCCACGCCUUUCACAUCAAUUGCAUAGACACUUGGUUGCUCUCUCACAAGACCUGUCCUUUAUGUCGUGCCUCCGCUCUUCUCACUGGGCCUCCUCCUCAUCAAGAAACAGAGACAAAUCAUCAACCAGAUUCUGAAUCGAACAAUGACCUCAGUGGAAGACAAGAGAGUUCUAGAUCCAGAAACCAUAAUACUCUUCCAAGGGCACAUAGCGAUUUGGCAAACCAUUGUGGAUCGACAAGAGUAGAAAAUGUGAGAAGAUCAUCUUCAAUAGGAGGGAGCUUGUCACUAUGCGAUGUUACUAAUACUGCUAGUAGAAGUGAAAGACAAUUCCACACCAGUUUCAGUACUACUAACUUGUUCUCAUCAUCAAGAAGAUCAAGGAACCAAGAACCAGGUCUCCCAGAUAGAAUGCCACCGCCUGCAUCUGGUUAUACCGCUUAAAUGGAGACUACAAUAUUGGUUAUGUAAUGUUAUCAAGUGUGCUUAUUAUAUAUACAGUAUCUGAAAUAAACUGAAACCUUGGACGUUUCAAGAUUGUUUGAUCAACAGGCAUAAAACAAAUAUAAAAGAUAAAACAUUUCAAGAGGAUUUAGGCGAAUAAGUUAUAUAUUAAACUUUCAUUGGGAUAUUUCGUCGAACACGUUGACGACUGACUAAACAAAAGCACCUAACAACGAAAAUUAGAAACGAUCCAAGCACAAAGCUUAUUACAAGAACCAAUUAACUAAA